GAGGUAACAAAGGGUAAGUUAUGAGAGGGGCAGUAAGGGGAGAGGGAAGGAAUGCAGGAAAGACGAUAACAGAAUUGAAAUGACUUAGCCCCUGAAUUGGCAAGAGUAGCUAGGGCUGGGGAGGAGGUACCAGUACAGCUGGGAUGACAGGAAAGAGCUGGUAAGGGAAUAAUGAUAGUACUUGCUAAUGUCCUAUAGCCAUCAGACAAGACUUCAUGGAGGAGGCUGAACUUGUACUUACUAUGUGUCUGGCACUCUUGGAAGUCAUCAUUCAGCUACAACCUGAACACUUCAUUCAAUCAACCAGAAAAUCAUCAAUUUUUCACUGGACACAGCUCAAUGGCCUCCCAGAAGAAGAACCUUCAAGGUCUGGUUGCUGCAACCAUCACGCCGAUGACCGAGCAUGGAGAAAUCAACCUUUCAGUCAUUGGUCAGUACGUGGAUUAUCUUGUGGAAAAACAGGGAGUGAAGAAUAUUUUUGUGAAUGGCACCACAGGAGAAGGCCUGUCUCUGAGCAUCUCAGAGCGCCGCCAGGUCGCAGAGGAGUGGGUGACAAAAGGAAGGAACAAGUUGGAUCAAGUGGUAAUUCAUGUAGGAGCCCUGAGCUUGAAGGAGUCCCAAGAACUGGCCAAACAUGCAGCAGAAAUCGGGGCCGAUGGCAUCGCUGUUAUUGCACCUUUCUUUCUCAAGCCACAGAACAAAGAAAGGAAAGUACAACUUCCAAUGAAGUGAUUUGCAGACACUGCAAUGACCUCACUGCUUUCCUAAAGGAGGUGGCUGCUGCUGCCCCGGCGCUGCCAUUCUAUUACUAUCACAUCCCUGCCUUAACGGGGGUAAAGAUUCGUGCUGAGGAGCUGCUGGAUGGGAUUCAGGAGAAGAUCCCCACCUUCCAAGGGCUGAAAUUUAGCGACACAGAUCUCCUAGACUUCGGACAGUGUGUUGAUCAGAAUCGCCAGCGACAGUUUGCUUUCCUUUUCGGGGUGGAUGAGCAACUGCUGAGUGCUCUGGUGAUGGGAGCAACGGGAGCAGUGGGCAGUACCUAUAACUACCUGGGGAAAAAGACAAACCAGAUGUUGGAGGCUUAUGAGCGGAAGGACUUCUCUUCAGCCCUGAAUGAUCAGUUUUGUAUUCAGAGAUUUAUCAACUUUGUGAUCAAACUAGGUUUUGGAGUGUCACAGACCAAAGCCAUCAUGACUCUGGUGUCUGGGAUUCCAAUGGGCCCACCCCGGCUCCCACUGCAGAGAGCCUCCAAGGAGUUUAUUGAUAAUGCAGAAGCUAAACUGAAGAGUCUGGGUUUCCUUUCUUUUACGGAUUUAAAGAAUGGAAACUUGGAAACCUCUAGCUAAUGCCACUCUAUCAAGUCAGGGUGUGUACAUUGGGAUGUAAUCCACCUUGAAUCGUGCAUUCAUUUCUCAAGGACUUUAUAGACGAGCUUGAACUAAAUUCUUUCCCAGCAAAUGAAAUCUCCCAUCAAAUCAACAAGUAUUUAAGUACCUAUUAUGAUCUUUAAAAAGUUUUAUUUUUGUGAAGGGACAAAAACUCCAAAAGGAUCCAUGAGCCCUGAGUCAUUCAGUAUUGCACAAAAUUUUCAUGGAGAAAUUUCUGCUUCUAUGGAUGAAAUGGAAUCAAGAGGGAAAUUGUAAUUAAUUCCAUUUGCUUUCGGAGCUCCCAUUAUCUUGAUUUCUGGUUCUCAAUCCUCUCUUCAAGUUUUCUCAUCUUCAACCACUUGUAAUGUACUUUCAUUUCAAUAAAUAUUCAUUUGGAAUCUA